CGGAUUCUUAUAUCGAGAGAUGCGAUGCCCAACCACUUCUCGCAUCCGAGUUUACGGAUUGGUCCAAUCCGAACAUGUUGCCUACUCAAAAUUUUAGGUAGUGAGUUGGGAUGGAACGGUAAGUCAUUACGGCGCCAAAAGCGAUUUCUGUUUUGCGGAAACCAACGCCAUAACGAACGGAAGCCUUUCAGCUUACUUCACCGGCUCCACUCAUCACAAUCCUCAAGCAAACUCCAGCUCGUCGCUCUCUUUCCUGAGUGCCCGGCCGGUGAUGAUGAUAACUACCGCUCUAUCCUCCCAUUCCUAAGGCUUCUCCUCCUCAUCCUCCUCAUUUUCAAGCGACGAGUGCAGAGCCCCAUGAAUUCAUCUUGUAAAGUUCACCCUGGCCACGGCCGUCCAUCCUCCUUCAGAGCUGCCGCUGCCAUGUUCCUGUUUUGCUUCUCCGUACGCGGUCACUCUGGCUUCAUCUUUGGCAUCAUUGCCUAUACCAGACCUGCUCGCCAGUUCAGGUGCACUCAUUCUCGGUCACUGACUGUCUGCGUUUCAUGGGACAGAGAAGGUAGCGCUCGCAGGGGAAGAUCGUUGAUCGACAGAAAUGACCGGGAAGAAGCAGUGGAGAGGCAUGAGGUGAGGGCUUUCGAUACAGAUCCGGCGGUUGCAGGAGAUCUCUACGGCAGACUUGGUUUCCAUCUGAUCGUGCAGGCCUUAUACGUUAAGGAAUCAAUUAGCGGCUGUGAACUUCCAAUUCGAGCUUUGUCAGUCACAUGCAAUUGGAUACACUUCAGUCAAAGCUGUUGUUAUGAGUUAUACUGAAUCAAAGAGGUGGAAACUCAGAGAUAUUGCCUCCGCA